AUGCACAGCAAGCUAAUGAAGCUGCUCCUGUUCAGCAGCAUGGCAUGUCGUGGUGAUAGUCCAAGAACGGGCACGCCGCAGGUGGAGGCAGCACCAUGCCACAUCCACCUUCUUCGACUAUACAUCCCGCGGGGUAUAGCUAGCUGGCUUCUUCUGGGAUGGGCGGUCGAAGAGCGACGGAUGCCCGCCAGGAGACUCUAUAAACCUUUUACCAAAAGAAGGAAAAAACUUGAAGUCACAGUCUCACAGAGAAUCUUCUGCAAGCUAGUGAAGCUGCUCAUGGCAUGUCGCUAUUGUCAACGACGGUACACAAAAUAG